AGGUGGUACCUGGAGAUGGUGCUGCAGGUGCGCAUCUACAUGCAGAUAUGCGAGAAGCUGCGCAUUCCAGGCUGGGUGCAGGGCCUCGUGGCCACGGCCAUAUGCCUGCUGCCCAGCGGGAUCUUCGAGGAGGGGGAGUACGCCUUCGACAUCUGCGAGGGGAAUGACGGGCAGUCCUCGGUGCCGACCUACGUGAUGUACACCUUCUCUUGGCUCUUCCGCAACUGGGGGGACGGGUGCGCGAUCUACUACUGCUGGAUCCAGUGGUACUUCGCCUUCUACGUGUGGUGCUUCCACUACCUGCGGCCCAUCGCUUCCCGCCUCCAGCCCCGCCUGCCGAAGGGGCGGACUUGGGCCGCCGCCUCUCUGGGAGCGAGCAUGACCAUCGGCAUCCUGAUGGCGAUGCUCCACUACCCCAACAACGUCCUGGAGAACGGGACCGGCCUGCAGUGGGCGGCGCUGGAGAUAGGCGCGGACAUCCUGCAGCCCGUGCUGUUCGUGCUCGGGAUGACCCACCUCCCCCUGAACUUGGCCUGGUGGGGCAACACGACCCUGGGGUGCUACGUCUUCCACUUCUAUUUCCGGGACCAGUUUUCGCAGUUCAUCGUCGACAUCGCCCCGAGCUUCCAGUGGGACGGCACGGGCCUGCUCCUCCUCGCCGUGAUCUUGGGCCUCUGCCUGCUCAUCACGAGCGUGCUGGGCCCACUGGGGCACUACUUCCUCCUCUCGCCCAGCCUCCUCUACGCGCGCAUGCGCCGCCGCGGUGCCAGGAC